AUGUUCACCUUCUCCAAUGUCUGUUUAGCUUCCUGUUUUUCCAUCAGAGUUUAUCCCUUCUUUACUUCAACAGACUUUUGUGACUACAUCUCAAACUUUCCUGUAGACAAUACUCAUGUUAGUGUGCUUUCUUGGAAGACUGAUUCUAUUCCUUCUUAUAAUUCAUCCGUAUCUUUUCUGGCUGCUAAGACAUAUUUGACAAAUCCAUCUCAGUCGAUUCAUCUAUCUAUCUAUCUAUCUAUCUAUCUAUCUAUCUAUCUAUCUAUCUAUCUAUCUAUCUCAACUCUCUCUGGGUGUGGACUAACAAAUUUCGCCAAACUUUUCCCACUGCGCCCCUCGUCCUCUCUUUCUUGUCUUCAUUUUAAAACUGAGGCAUAUCCCUUUCUUCUGUCUUGUGAGGUCUUUAUAACUAUUCCUGUAGUUAGAGAAAAUAAUUCUCUCCUUCUUUCUCUCUCCUUUUCCUAUAUUAUAGAAAUAUUUUUUCCAUUUCUUGUGAUCCGCUUUCUUUCUUUCUUUCUUUCUUUCUCUUGA